CUGGUCAUAGAGUCGCGCGGCUUCUGGCCCAGCGACAGGGUAGAAGCCGGAAGUCCGGCGGGCUCCGGGCGUCGAGAUGGAGGAGAGUGCGUAUGAGUCGGUGCUCUGUGUCAAGCCGGAGGUUCAUGUUUACCGCAUCCCGCCGCGGGCCACCAACCGUGGCUACAGGGCUGCGGAGUGGCAACUGGACCAGCCGUCUUGGAGUGGCCGGCUGCGGAUCACUGCAAAAGGGCAGGUGGCCUACAUCAAACUGGAGGAUAGGACCUCAGGGGAGCUCUUCGCUCAGGCACCAGUGGAUCAGUUUCCUGGUACUGCCGUGGAGAGUGUGACGGAUUCCAGCAGGUACUUCGUUAUCCGCAUUGAAGAUGGAAACGGUCGGCGUGCGUUUAUUGGAGUUGGCUUCGGGGACCGAGGUGAUGCCUUUGACUUCAAUGUUGCAUUACAGGACCAUUUCAAGUGGGUGAAACAGCAGUGUGAAUUUGCAAAACAAGCCCAGAACCCAGACCAAGGCCCCAAAUUGGACUUGGGCUUCAAGGAAGGCCAGACCAUCAAGCUCAACAUUGCGAACAUAAAGAAGAAGGAAGGAGCUGCCGGGAGCCCCCGCACACGGCCUGCUAGCACAGGAGGACUGAGCUUGCUUCCUCCUCCCCCCGGGGGAAAAGUCUCUACCCUCAUCCCGCCCCCUGGAGAGCAGUUGUCUGUGGGGGGGUCUCUCACCCAGCCGGCCAUUGCUCCCAGUUCAGAAGGUGCCACCGUGUCCUGGCCACCACCCAAGGCUGCCACCGCUGAUAUCUGGGGAGACUUUACCAAAUCCACAGGGUCAGUGUCCGGCCAGACUCAGCCAGGCACAGGCUGGGUCCAGUUCUGA